UUAGAAUAUUAAAAACACAAUAAUAUUUUAUAUAAUCAUAUAUUAUUACAUAAAAAUACUAUAAAAUCAAUGCAAUACCUGUUAAAUUUACAUUAAUUACUUUAUAAAAAAUAAUCAAUGUCUAAGAGGAUGUCUAAAACCACUGCUAAAACGUGAUAAGAUCAACGCAGAAGUUACUGUUUUAUUGUUUAAAAUGUGUGUAUUUCUUGUACUUUUUGUAAUUUAUUUAUUAAUUAAAAUAAUAAAAGGAAAAUUCUAGUAAUAUUCCAUAAUCAGAAUCCAUAUAGUUGUUAAAAAAAAAUUGCCUGAAAAUAUUUUACAUCUCACCUUUUUUCUUAUAAGACCAAUUACAAAUCAGUUUUAGAGAUAUCCAGAAAAGUUAUUGCACAAUGUAUUUGACAAAGAAAUAGCAUAUUCAAAUGAAGAAAUAAAUAGGCGCACAAACUGAAAUUGACCCAGGAAAAAUGGCUAACGAAGCAAGCGGAGUGGCAACGCAUGACAUGAGCCAUCUAAAAAAAGAAUGUCCGUUUCUAAAAUACUCAUGUUUUCAACCUUUUGUUUGCUUAUAAAUUGAUCACAAACACCACAUAUAGUUGUUUAAACAAAUACACAAUGUUAUUGACAUACCUCGUUGUAUUCGUUCUUCUCUUCAGUGGUUUCACAGCCAACAAAGAGGCAGAUUCUCUGAUUCAAAAAAAUUGCAAGAGUUUGUCAGAUAUUCCAAGCCCGAUGGAUUCAGAAGAAUUCCUUAAGAUUUGCAUCAGAUCUCUUAAAGAGAAUCCAGAGACCAAGAAAGUGAGAAAUAAGAUUGACUUGAUCGUGGUAGCUACGAAUAACGCGAUAUCGAACAUAACAAACAUGAAAAGAAUUGUGGAGAAGUUCAUAAAAGAGAAGAGAUACAAAAGUAGGCUUAUUAAAAAGAAGUUGGAAGUUUGUCUUAACCAUUACCAAGAUGGCUAUGAGUGGCUAACCUCAGGUUUGAAUUACCUCAAAGAGCAGAAUCGUGAUAUGGCUUCCCCUGAUUUGGGGAUGGCUAACAGGGAAGUGGUUGAUUGUGGGGAGAGAUUCAAAAAAGGCGAAAUAAAUCCCUUUAAAAAAGAGAAUGAUGAAGUCCUCUACGUAAUGACCUUCAUUCCUUGCACGAUUAGUGGGCUGGCUGACUGUGAGACGAGUGUGACAGGGUGUUAAGUGAGUUAUAUUGAAAAAAAAAAAAUAAUAAUCUAUAUUAUUAAAGCAAGAACUAUAUUAGGAUUCUGCCCUUAAUUUUCAAACUAUUUACAAGAGAAUGCCACUGCUUUAACUAUAGUUUUUCUUAAUUAAUUAAAAUCAGUCAGAAAUAUACACCAAUCGAUAGCAAGUAUUUAGUGACCAAUCACAUUGCAUCAUUUAGUACAGUCUCUUAUACAACAAAACCAAUAGAAAAAUCAACCUCUCUUAUAUACCUUAAACCAACACCGUAGCUUACGAACAAUAAAACCCUAUGUACCAGUUACAAUACUUUUGGAAGCAAAACCAUUAAUUUUAACAA